GACUGGGGGGAUGAUGAUGCAGCGCCGUCGUUCUCGUGGCAGUCCAAUCACGCAGGAAGUCGUCGUCGCUGUCAUCAGGGUGCCGCCGAUUGGUUUUGGGAAGCAGGCAGGGUGUGCAGGUGGUAUACGUGGCAGCUGGAGAAAGAACGGUGGAUAUGGCAGCAGGGAUUACCGGUAGGGCCUUAGUUGCACUACUCGCCAUCUGCCAAGAUUUCGAAUGCAUCUGGACAAAAUGAUGUCCACAUGCAAUCAAAAUGUCGGUAGGGCCCUAGUUGCACNUAGUUGCACUACUCGCCAUCUGCCAAGAUUUCGAAUGCAUCUGGACAAAAUGAUGUCCACAUGCAAUCAAAAUGUCGGUAGGGCCCUAGUUGCACUACUCGCCAUCUGCCAAGAUUUCGAAUGCAUCUGGACAAAAUGAUGUCCACAUGCAAUCAAAAUGUUGGCGGAUGGCGAGUAGUGCGACGAGGCCUUACAACUGUGCAGCUGCAACCUGCCACAAUUUGGAGGCACACCUCGUCGGGGAACGAUGAUGUUCUGGGUGGCAGGCUGGAGGCGGGAUGUCGAAGCAGGGCGCCUGUGCUGGCAGGGAUUGGAACUGUCCAGCUCCAGCCUUCAAUGUAGAGAUGGCUGAUGUUUGUCGUAUAUAAAGAAAGGAGAUGGCAUCGAACAGGUAUUGGUCGGUGGGAAUGGAGCAUGAAAGCAGAUGUCAAUCUGCAACGGUCGAUUUGGUGAAAUGCCACGCGCAUCACCCUCAUCAUCACAGGGUAUGUGUCUGGCGAAGGCUGUGCCUUCUGAACAUGGUUCCUGCACAAGUGUCUGUGCGAGGUUGACCACGAAUGGGAAGUGUGAAAGCCACCGAUGUCCAUCUAUGACCGUUGAUCCGAUUGAACUGUGUGUGCAGUUCACUCGUCAUUUAUUAUGUUGUCUGGGGAUAGAUCUUCGACAGUGUAGAACGUAUUAUGAGAGAUGUUCAAGGAGGCUGGCUUCACGGCGGAUGCGGCCCUUGCAUGACAGUUGCUGCGAGGUUGAUCACUACUGAUGGGAGUGGGCUACCAUGGUUGUCUGACGAGGCGGAGCCCGGAGGAGAGGGCGCGCCGCAGAUGGCACUGUUUUCUCGUAAAAAGUGCGGCCAUCGUUUCGUUCUUUGCCAUGGCGUCCCUUAUUUCGAUCCUGCGCAGCAUAUCCAUCUGCGAUCCUUCGUCUCAAUGGGAGGGUGUAUUGGGAGAUGGAGAUGAUCAGCGUAGCGCCCAUCACGAAAGAGAUUCCGCUGGCACGACGACUCAGCGGUACCUCACACAUUCUCUUGCUGCCGAAUGGAAUGGCAGCAAUGCUCAGAGUCAGCGGUCAGAUUCGCGUCAGGGAAGCAGUCACUGGCUGCUGGUGUGGGCAGGGCAGCGGAAGGAGAAGCGUCUGGUUGAUCGGGGGAGAAAUAUUGGGUCCUGGAGAGAGAAUGACGCGGUUGCCGAUGGUGCUUUUGGGCUGACUACGCAUCGCGAUGCAGCCGUAGAUGACUGCAGGUCCUCUCCACCAACCAGUGAACGAGAAGGGAAAGGGGAUGCAGAAGACAUGACGACUGCAGGUCCUCACCGCCAACUCCAGUGGGGCAUCAACGGAGAGGAGAGCGAUGACGAUCUGGCGAUAGCGGCAGAUAAGGGUGGAACGCCGUUGGAAAGAAGAAGGGUCAAAGGCCAGGGAGGAGAGGCUGCACCUGAGAUGGAGGGUGGCGGGCGAGGUUGGCGAGAUCAGCUCCAGGGGGUUGAUGGGCAUGGGCAGACAGCCGGGCGCGCUUGCGCAAUGGUGUAUUCGAGGCCGAAAGCAGAACGCUGCCAGCACGCCACAAGAUACUGCCGGGCCGGCAGCCGUAGCCUCAUCGAUUACACCGAGUUACAUUUCUGUGUGUUGAAGGGCCGCAUGUGGGUGUCGGUUCCAUUGUUAGUUGUGGGAGUUCUGACUGCUUUCUAUCUGCUAGCUGAGACUGCGGAGGAGUACUUCUGUCCUGUGGUCGCAAAGAUCUCGACCAUGUUGAGCUUGUCGCCGAACACGGCAGGCGUGACUUUCCUUGCAUUCGGCAAUGGUGCGCCCGAUGUUUUCUCGUCUUUGGCAGCAUUUGUUGGGGGCAAUCCGAAAAUAGGAAUUGGAGCGAUCAUAAGCGCGGGGACGUUUGUCACGGCGUUCGUUGUUGGUUGUGUUGCGAUGGUUGCUGCACCGAUCGCGGUUCGUGGAGGCCCGUUCUUGCGAGAUGUCGGGUUCUACGUCGUUGCAGCGGUCGCCGUGUUCCUUGUAUACUGCCAGGGAUUCGUUGCGUUGUGGCAAGCUGUCGGGUUUUGUGUCUACUACCUCUUUUUCGUUACAAUAACCAUAAUGUCGGACCGUCGUCAAAAGCCUGGACUGGGAAUGGUGGGGGUCCAGACCAAGCAAGACUUGUUGCAAUCUGUGCAUCACAAUCCGUCUCCCUCGUCUUCUCCUUCUCCUCCUCCUCCUCCUCCACCGCCUUCAUCUCCCCUGCUGCCUCCUCCUCCUCCUCCUCCUCCUCCUCUUCCUCCUCCUCCUGCUCUCCCUUCUCAUUCCCAUCAGCAUCUGCAGGCAACAUCCGCAGCUCGGCGCUCGUCAUUGCCAUUGCUGGAGGUCUCCCCAGGAAUGGGGGAUGAUGCACUAGCAGGAGGGGGGCUGGUGAUCGGGGGUGCGAACGCGUUCCAGCAGCAGCAGAGUAAAGGAGGAGGAGGAGGAGGAGGAGGAGGAGGAGGAGGAGGGGUCAUCUCUGUGGGUGUUUCCGAAGCGGGUGAUAACUUUGAAGACCGGGGAGCAGCGGCAGAUGUUACAAAGAAAGUUCCAUCACGAGUGUUCACAUCGUGGAGGUACUGGCAGGAGUGGAGCACGGCAUUCACAAGAAUGAGUGUGGGAGCGAAGGCCUGGCACCUGAUUCGUCUCCCAUUCGAUGUGCUUCGCCGAUCGACGAUUCCGGCAGUCGACGAUGCGCAGUGGAACAGGCUGUACGGGACCGUAAAUGUGGUCGUCUGUCCUCUGAUCUGCCUCUACGCCUGUGGGCCAUUGAUCGGGUUCACCAGAGAGGUUACCUUGAUCGACACGGUGUCCGUGAAGGUGCCGUUGUGGCUGCUUGUCCUCGUGCAGAGCUCGCUCAUGGGCGUCGCUUUCUUCAUGUCGACGCAGUACAACCGUGCGCCUGAGUCGGGUCGUGGUGCAACUGUCUUCAUUGCGUUCCUGAUGAGCAUCUUCUGGAUCUCUUCCAUAGCAAGCGAACUGCUCGGCUUUCUGACUGCGCUGGGAAUCAUUUUCCAUAUCUCACCGGCGAUCCUUGGCGUCACCGUGCUCGCCUGGGGUAACUCUGUCGGGGACCUCUUCGCCGACGUCAGCAUCGCCCGCACAGGCCAGCCCACCAUGGCCAUUGCUGGCUGCUUUGCCGGGCCGAUGUUUAACAUGCUCGUAGGCCUCGGAUUGGCGCUAAGUAUCCGAACCGCCAGUCUGUAUCCGGAGGUGUACAAGCUCCAUUACCAUCCUAACAUCCCCUUAUCCUUUGGUUUUUUGUUGUGUAGUCUGCUUGGCUCUCUCAUUUUCGUAACUGGCUCGAGUUUCCGAGUGACGAGAACUUGGGGUGUCUGUCUGAUCUCCCUGUACCUUGCGUUCAUGCUCGCCAGCGUUAUCGUUGAGACGGGGGUAAUUGUCGACGUACCCAGCUGAAUGAAUGUCCCCUUUUUCUUGCAAUUGUCUUUUACAAAGUAUUUCUUCUUUUUUUAUUCGAUUUUAUUAUCGACUAAAAAAAAAAAACUAAAGGGAGGGUAAUUCUUGAUCCUGCUGGGGCCUUGAGCUCUCCCCUCCCCCCCUCUUUCCCCCCCCUCUUUCUUUCAUUGUCAGCUUCACACUGGUAUGUCAUGUAUUUAUUCAAUUUUAUUGCAUUUUAUUCUGUAGUAAUAUCAAUGGUGCCCUCUUUCUUAUCCUGUUAUCCCUUCUGACUAAGGCAAUUAUAUCUUCUCCCUCUCUGCCUACGGUUUACCGGACAGCUCUGUUUGAC